AUGAUGAUGGAAACGUCUCCAUCGUCCUCGCGGUCCAGCACCCACCUGCGGCCCAAGAGAGCGCCCACCCUUGGGAACCUCGCGAACGUGGCCAAUUUGAGCGUCAUACCGGCUUCCGAGCCACGGACCAGCCGCAGAGCAUACUUUGAGGACCACUUGGACCAGAGUUUGGCACACCUCAAGGAACAAGUCCUACGAGCGCAUGACCGGGAGCUGGGCUCCGCUUCCAGCGCGCGGAGAGGGAACCGCGACUCCCAGCGCGAGGCGGUCUUCUUCCCGACGAACCUCCCGACCUCGCCGACGCUGCAGCCGGACCCGCCCUUCUGCGCGGUCGACAUUCCCGAGUUCACUGACGGCUCGGACGGCAGCAGGACGGUGAGUGCGACCUCCAGUCGGAGUCACAGGAACGAGAGGAAAGGAACGAACCAGUCUGCGCUGUCGAUGACCUUGAUCGAGAAUGGUCUAGAGGAGUUGAUGGAUGGCCCACGUGUGGGCCGCGUUGGCUCGGGGGAGACGACAGGCACCUCCCUGACCGAUGAAGCCUCCGCCGCGAUCAUUAAUUGGGCCGACUUGGUCACCAGAGCACUUCUAGAUGCCGACGUCCCCACGUUCCACUUGCACACGAGAUGGAAUGAGACUACCAGCAGUUACAAGCCUCGUGAGCUGAAAGAUGGCAAGGAUGGACCGUGGUUGGGUCUCUUCAACUUGGGGGCUCGUUCCACGUCCUUGGACACCUUGCUGAAGACGCAGCAGGUCAGUGGCUUCAGUGUAAAGGCUCAGCGCUGCCGCCUGCAUCCGAACUCCAAUCUUCGACUAGCCUGGAUUCUCCUCACCAUCUUUGCAUGGAUCUGGGAGUUCCUCACCCUCCCGCUCGACUUCUCCCGCGGGCCGGAGCUUAGUUUGAUCUUCAUGUUCAUUUGGACAGUGGACAUCCUUUUGAGCUUCAUCACGGGAGUCUAUGUGGAUGGGCGCAUGCAUAUGGAUUUGAAGACCAUUGCCAAGGAGUAUGCGAAGACAUGGCUCUUCUUAGAUGCCAGCAUCGUCGUUAUCGAGUGGACCGCGCUCUUCACCCAGGACAUCGCCAACUCCACGGUCUCGAUCUUCCGCUCCUUCCGCUUCGUGAGGCUCAUGAAGUUGAUGCGCUUCAAGAAAUUGCACGCCAUCUUCAGUGAGAUCCUCUUCGAACGAGCCAGGGUCUUGUCCGCAAAUGUCUCCAUCUUGAAGACUUGCCUGGCCUACUUGGGUGGGCUACAUGUGAUGGCGUGCCUGCUUCUCUUCAUUCGGACAUCGACCUCGGAAGGGCUGGAGGUCUUGAAAGAGAAGGGCGUGUCCGAGAAUGACAUGGCCUAUGCCUACUUGAUCUCUGUGCACUGGGCCUUGGACUUCUUCUUAUGGUCCGAGAUCGAUGUGGCCGAUAGCGCGACGGAUCUCAUCUUGAGUGCAGUGAUGCGAGUGGCUGGCUUUGUGGGGACCUCCAUCUUUUUGGCGCGCAUCGUCUUCUUGGUUCAACAGUUUGUGGAUGCCAGGUUGAGCAAUCUCCAGGAUGUGUGCAACAACUUCCUGGAGUCGCAUCAUAUUACCCCGGAGCUCUCCAUCCGCAUGAAGAAGUUCGUAGUGUCGUGUCACCAGCAAUCCUGGCUGGAGAGCAAGCUCAAGGAGGAGCAGCAGCUUUUGUCGAAGAUGCCGGAGAUCUUGCAGUCAGAUUUGUACGAGGAGUCCAGGGGCCCGAACCUCUGUAAGAGCACCUUCUGGAAUGAGUUUCAGGAGAAGUUCCGCGCCUGUUUCCGCCACGUUUGCAUGGACGCGGUGACGGAGGUCGUGGCACAAAAGCACGACAUGAUCUUCACCGAUUUCCAUCACGCGCAUUCCACGCUCUACAUUUUAUCGGGCUCGUUCUGCUACACGCUGGCGAGGAAGCACACCUUGUUGGGGCAGCUGGGCCAACUGCUGGCUCCCCGACAUGUGCGCUCACGCAAGGUGAAGGUGGAAGGUGGUCGGAGCAUCUGUGAGAUUGCCCUCUGGACCAACUGGAUCCACACAGGCUCCCUACAGGUGCUGAAGAGCGGCACCUACCUGUCGGUGAACGUGGAAGUGGCCAGCGACAUCAUCGCUGCCUAUCCGGAAGCCCAGCGCACCGCGCACGCGUACGGUCGCAUGGUGGUGAUCCAGCUCCAUCACUGCAAGAACGAUUGCACGGACCUGACGCCUUUGGAGAUAGACUUCAAGUCGCUGAGGAAGGUGACGGUGAAGUUCAUGACAGAGGGCCACUGCAUCUUCCUGACGCACUUCAAAAAGGAGGCAGGGACAGAGGCGGCGCUCAUGCAGGAAGCCCUUACGAGCAAGAUUCAGUCAGAUCCACAAAAUCCGGCACACUACUUGGAGCACCCGGUCUUCUUGGACACUGAGAAUCUGGAAGACCUAGCCAAGUUGAGGGACCACAUCCUGGCCAGCCGGAACUUGGUGGUCCUGUUGACACCCGGCAUCUUCGAACGGCCGUGGUGCUUGGUGGAGAUCGUCACGGCCUUCAAGCAAAACCGGAACAUUGUGUUAGUUGAAAUCCAAAAGCCGGACAUGAAGUUCGAGUAUCCGGAUGAGGAGUUUAUCCUUGACCUUUGUGACGGGAGACUCUUCAGCGAAACGGAUAUGCAAGUCUUUGCACUUGAGCAGAUUGAGUUGACGGACAUUGAGGAGAGGGGUCAGAUGGGUCUUCCCACAUCGAUUUGGGGAUCGGGAGAUCGAGCCUAUCACCGCCCUGGUCCCAGGGAUGUCCCAGGGUAUGCCAGGCUAGGUGGCCUUGCGACACGUGCUCACAAAGAUCGCCCUGCCGUUUUCGCCACACAAAGCGAGCUCGAUCCGGGAUGUGGAAAUCAAAGCGAUCCUGCAGCGGUGUAUCAUGUAGGCGAGAUCUUCAUCAAGAGCCAUAGAGCCCACUUGGCAAGGCGCCCUAGAGAGGAACGGGGGGCACCGAAGUGGAGGAAGUGGAGGAACAUGGAAGUCAUGGAAGUGGAGAAAGCGGUGGAAAGUCUGGAGGUGAACCAACGGGUCGAAGCGACGCAUUCCACCGCGCUUUCACCGCCCGCCGGGCCCCGGCAGCCCGGUGGAGCAGGGCGAAGCAGGGCGAUGCAGGGCGAUGCACGAAGGGAUGUGAAGAUGGAGCUGGGAGAUGCUGGUGGCUUACAGAGGUUCCCAACGUCAAAUCUGCAGAUUGGAGGGAAAUCUGGAGGUGAUGGGCGCCAGCCCGAGAGACAUGAGGUGUUUCCAUUCUCCUUUGAGAUCCGUCGAGACGCGGAUUGGCCGCGCGGAUUGGCCCUCGCAGCUGCUGAAAGCGCCGAGCUCGCCGAGCGGAGGGCCUUCCUGGAGGAGCUGGGCCUGAUUUGCCUAUUCAGCGACCAGUGUAAGAAGUCCCUGCAUGGCGCAGCCAUGCGCAGCCUGCUCGAGGACGAUGCUUGCGAAGAUGACGCCACAGGCAGAGCUUGCCUCGUGCAUCAGCAAGAGAUUGACAGGUGGCGGGAAGAGCCCAAAAUCGUCAACAUGCGGCUCUCGAACUUGGCCAAGACGACCCAGUGGAGGCAGUCCUUGGAGGUCUUGCGCGUGAUGCAACAGCAUGCAGUGCAGAUGAACAUCUUUCAUCUCAGCAACGUGAUCAACGCCUGUGCCAAGGGCGGCCAAUGGCAUUCCGCCAGCAGGCUUUUGGAGGAGAUGCUUCGCCGGAAGGUCCAGCCGGACACCAUUUGCUACAACGCUGCCAUCACCGCCUGCAGAGGCGCUGGGCACUGGAUCGCAGCAUGCUACUUGCUCUUUAGCAUGAGCAGCCAGAGCGCACGACCGAAUCUGAACAGCUUCAACGCGGCCAUCAGCGUGUGCGGCGGAGCGCAGCGCUGGGACUGGGCGCUCCAGUUGCUGGACCUCAUGGGCCAUGCCAGGAUUCAGCGCGACGCGAUCAGCGUUAACAGUUGCAUCACUGCUUGUGACAAGGCGCAUGAAUGGCAAAUGGCCAUCGCACUCCUCGCUGAAGGUAGUGACCUCAUAGGCUUUGCUGGUGCCUUGAGCGCUUGCGCCAGCGCAGCCUGCUGGGCCGAGGCGCUCGCGCUGCUGCGCUCUGCGCCGCCGGUGGACGCAGGGGUGGCCACAGUGUGGAGGGUGUGCUGGAACGCCGCCAUCGAUGCCGCGGAGAAGGCUCAACAAUGGCAAGUGGCCCUCCACUUGUUGCACUGCAUGCCGCUCGAGCAUCAUCUUCUGCCGGACACAAUCAGCUUCAACUCGGCCAUUAGCGCAUGUGACAAGGCGAGCUGCUGGCAAGAGGCGCUACUGUUGUUGCAUGCAGCCACCGAUCGAGAUGCAAUCACCUUCAAUGCCAGCAUCAGUGCAUGUGCGAAGGGCGAGGAAUGGCAGCUGGCCUUGGUGUUGCUGGACAGCAUGCCCGAGCAGCAGCUGCUGCCCGACAUCAUCAGCUUCAACGCGGCCAUCCGCAGUUGCCGUAGCCACUGGCAGCAUGCGAUGCAGCUUUUUUCCGCCGCGGCAGCGGGCGGGCGGCGUUUGGAGGCCUCGAGCUAUGUGGCUCGGAGGGGGUCCUGUGGAAUGACGGAAGGCAUGGUCACCAUCCACGGGCAAAAGCUCUCGGGUGAGGAGCUGCUGCCGGUCUAUCUCAACUCUGCCUCCACCGUCGCUGAGCUCUGCGACAUCUUCCAGCAGCAACUGGAGACCGAAACCUCCAAGCCUUCACGCUUGAGCCUGGCGCUCGAAGGGCAAGCGCUUCGAAUGGGGGACACCUUGACGGAAGCCAACCUGAAGGAUGGCGAUUUGGUUCAUCUGAUCCUCCGACCGGACGCCUGGAUCCUCCGCCAGGUGGACCUGGACUCCGGCCGGCUGGUGCGCAUCAGCGACGGCGCGAGCUGGGAGGGGCACUCCUUGCUGCUGCGCACAGAGGAAGACUUUGCCGCUCCUGGAUGGGACAUUUGUCCCAACCUCGAGCACGACUUCGCCGUGGAGGCCACCGUGAAGCUGGACGAGUGGCCGGGCCCUGACUACCAAGGCAGCAUCAUUUCCCAACACGGCCAUGGCACCGGUUGGGAGUUGCGCUGUGGAGGCCCUGGUGUGAACUGCGUUUUCACCACCACUGAUGGGGGUCACAACGAGCACAUGCUACCCUUGAAGCGCAAGGUGGGCUUUUGGCAUCACCUUUGCAUGGUCUACGACGCCGGUCGGCACACCCUCACCCUGUUCGCGGACGGUGUGGCUGGAGAGCCCAAGCCCAUCCGUGGCACCUUCGUGCCCUACAAGCUCGGCUUCACAGAGAUUGGGAGGAAUCCCGAGUGGACGGACCGCGGCGUGGUGGGGCGAAUCCGCAACGCCUCGGUCUGGCCGAGGGGCCUGGACGUCGAGGACAUGCAGCAGCGUGCUGCAGAACAGAUCGCGGAGGCCGAGGCAGAGGGCGCCACACUGGAGGGGCCGCACGGCUGUACUCUACGACAGCCACGGAAGCUGCGAGCUCUGAGAGUGCUCCACGGACCAGCGCUGGCUUUUGAGUGCUCCAUUAGCGUGGGCCCCGCGCAGUGUAUGGGUUCGUUCCCAGUGCUGGGCAGAUAUCAUUUAGAAGGUCAGCCCCUAUAUUGUGAGAAGAGCAACGCUACUCAUCUAGACGAAGCAGACAAGGAGGUUUUGAGAAAGUUUGAGAAGUACGGAGUGGAGGCGGCAAUCGAAGGGAGUUAUCCUUUAGUGAAGGGCCUGGACUUGCAGUGGGUGUCCCACAAUACGAUCCGCCAGAAAACGGUGGCGGUGCUCGACGCCUGCGCGGCCGCGAAGCUUUGGCAGCGUAGCUUGUCCCUGCUGCGGCGGGUCCCCAAGGAUGGAGGGGAGGAUGUGAGCAAGUGCUACAACGCGGCCAUCAGCUGCUGUCCUUGGUUUUGGGCUUUACAUCUGGCCCCUUGGCGACGGUCAAGGCGGAACAACGGCAUCACUCUGGGCACGGUCUUGCAGUCCCUCAGCCACGCGGGCCGCGAGGAAGCCUGCCAAUGUCCCUGA